AUGGACCUCGGUACUUUCUCAGAAUGCGACAGCGGCCAGCUACGGCCGUCCAAAGGGGGAAAUACCACCGAUUCCACGGCCCUGAUUUAUAAACCACCGCUUCCCCGGAUAUUUGGCCUACUUUCUUAUCCUCACUUUUGCCCUGUUCUUCAUCCUCAUCCCUCUCCUAUACCUCCAUCACACAUUGACGUCAUGUCUAACGCCCAGCAACGUCUUAGCCAGGUUUCCUCCCACUUCGGCCCUGGUGGCAAGAAGGGAGCCGCCGCUAUCACCGAGAAGCACCCCGAUGACAUUGUCGUGACAUGUGCCCUGCGCACAGCCCUCACCAAGGGUGGUAAGGGUGGCUUCAAGGAUACCGCUGGCGCUGACCUGCUUGCCGGUGUCUUUAAGGCUGUUCUAAACAAGAGCGGUGUUGACCCCAGCACUGUCCAGGACAUUGCCGUCGGCUCCGUCCUUGCCCCCGGUGGUGGUGCCACUGAGUUCCGUGCCGCCGCUCUCGUGGCUGGUUUCCCCGAGAGCACCGCUGUGAAGAGCUUGAACCGUCAAUGCUCUAGUGGUCUCCAGGCUAUUGCUGAUAUUGCCAACGCCAUUCAGUCUGGCAUGAUCGAUGUCGGCAUCGGUGCCGGUGUUGAGAGCAUGUCCUCUCAGUACGGACCCGGUGCCGUGACCGAGUUCUCCGACCUCCUGGAGAGCCACCCUGAGUCCGCAAACUGCAAGGUUCCCAUGGGUGUGCUGUCCGAGAACAUGGCCAAGGACCGUGGCACUCCUUCGCCGCUCAAUCAUACCAGAAGGCUGUUGCCGCCCAGAAGGCCGGUCUCUUCAACGAGGAGAUCGCCCCUCUCUGACGUGAAGUGGACCGACCCCAAGACUGGCGAGGAGAAGACCAUCACCGUGAAGGCCGACGACGGCAUCCGCCAGGGUAUCACCGCCGAGUCGCUUGGCAAGAUCAAGCCCGCCUUUGCCAAGGACGGCUCCAUCCACGCCGGUAACGCCUCCCAGAUCUCCGACGGUGCCGCCGCCGUCCUCCUCAUGAAGCGGUCCACCGCCGAGCGUCUGGGCCAGAAAAUCCUUGGCAAGUACGUCACUGCCAGCGUCGUCGGCGUGAAGCCCCUGCUCAUGGGCGUCGGCCCCUGGAAGGCUAUCCCCGUUGCACUCGAGAAGGCCGGCAUCACCAAGGAUGACGUCGACAUUUACGAGAUCAACGAGGCUUUCGCUUCCCAGUGUGUCUGGUGUGUUAAUGAACUCGGCAUCCCUGCCGAGAAGGUUAACCCCAAGGGUGGUGCUAUUGCUUUCGGUCACCCUCUUGGCUGCACUGGUGCCCGCCAGGUCAGCACUUUAUUCACUGAGCUCAAGCGCACAAACAAGAAGAUUGGCGUCACCAGCAUGUGUGUCGGUACCGGUAUGGGUAUGGCCGCUGUCUGGGUGUCGGAGUAA